AUGUCGCGUGGAGGCCGUGGUGGAUUUGGUGGUGGUCGCGGUGGACCUGGAGGAGCAAAUAGUGGUGCAAUGCAACUCGUCUCAUUUGACAUGCUGAAGGAUCUCAGUUCGGGUGGUUUGUUCAAUGUGAACACUGCUCUCUUUCCUGAAAUGGAUGUACCGAUUCCACGCAAACCUAAUUCUUCUGAAACUAGUCAGUGGAAAUUCAAAGAAGAUUUCUUGAAGCAAGUACAUGAGUCGGCUUACCACUUGGUCCCCCCUCCACCAAAGCCAGAUAUUGAACGGUACUCGGAUAAAUACAAGAAGGCUACUGUCCGUAGAAAGACUUUGCGUGAGAUCGAUACAGAUUUUGAUUUUUUCCCAGAAGAACUACAGAGUGUCAUUGAUUCAAGCAAGAUAAAGAAGAAGCCCAAGGUUCAGAAAGUAGAUGAGACUUUCAAUUUGGAUGAGAUUAUGAAUGCUGAAGGAGAGGGCAAAGAUGGUGAAGAUGAAGAGGGCAAGGAAGAGGGCAAGGACGGUGAAGCUGGAAGUGAUAUUGAAUUCGACGAAGAGGGUGAAGAAGAAGAAUUGGUCGAUGACAAUGACUAUGCCCAGAAUUACUUUGAUAACGGUGAAGACGAAGACUUUGAUGAUGAUGAUGGUGAUGGUGGUGCUGGUGAUUAUUACUAAAUAUAUAUAUAUAUAUAUAUUACACACACACAUACUACACAUACUGCACACUUUACAAACUCUACACACUCUACGCACUCUACACACUACGCACUACACAAUAUACUACACUAUACACACAUACUUCUUCUUAUUCUUCGUUUUAUAUCUAAACAACUUUG